AUGGCGGCGAUGUGCGUCGAGUGCGAAGAUACAGUGGCCGCUGUCUGCUGCGAGGACUGCGAAGACGUGUACUGCCCGCUGUGCUUCAAGGCGCAGCAUCACGCCGGCUCGCGCUUGAACCACCGGACGACAGACGUACUCGGAAGCGCGAGCAGCAGCAGUAGCAUCGCAGUGAGUCCUAUAUCACAUCGUGAAGAACCUGCUGAGCCUCUUGUGGCGCAUAUACCGCUGCCAGCAGACACACGGGCUAUUGAACCACCAGCAGAAGCGGUAGUGGCGGUAUCUCCAACGGCCCUCAGUUUGACCCACGAAGAAGCGUCUGAAGCAGACGAUUCCGAGGACGAGUUGAUGGCGCGUGAGAUCGAAGCGGUUCCGUCGGCACUGAUGAAGGAAGCGGCGUACAUUCCGUUGCGACUUAGUGAAGACGAGCGGGCGCUGUUCAAUCUGCUGGAUGCAGCGCUGAACGUGAGCGAGUACACGGACGCAGUCGACGUGCUGUCGUCCUGCUCGCCACUCAAGCGCAUGCUCCGUGAACUCAAUGAGACAUUUGGUGUUCUAUCGGGGCUCUUGAUUGCCAACGAUUUUCGCCAAGGUCGUCGGCUUGUGCAGGAGAAGCAGUUCAAGGACAAUGAGGACUUUUUCGGUCGCGUGUUUGAGAUUGGCCGUCGAUACAAAGUGAUGAACCCCGAACGCAUGCGCAAUAACUACGGCAAGAUGAUCUACAUGCUGCAGGAUGCCAAUGUUCGUGAGAUUCGCAAGCAUCUCGGCUUCUCGUGCGUGGCACCGAUCAAGACGGUCGCAACGUUGCUGGAGGAACGCCAAGCUCUUGACAUGCUGCGGGAUACGCGGUGUGCAGUGGCGACGUCUGUCGCUGCUGCUACGACCGCUGACUUGCUUGCAAGUCCGCAAAACUUGCAGCGUUUUUUGCGUGAUAAGCAGCAGGCGAUCGACGAGCUGGUGCGUGAUUACUCGUCGGCGUCGUUAUCGGAAGAGGAGAUUUGUCUGUGUCUGGCAUCGAUUGCGGAUAGUCAGAGCUAUCUAGCAUCGAAUCGUGCACCAAUCACGCGAAUGAUUGGAUACUUGGAGCAAUAUUUUAGACCAGAGAAGCCUGAGUACGGUUUUAGUCUUGAGAUCAAAGCCGGUAGAAAUGGCGCGCGACUCAGUCACAGCCACGCGAGUCAGUACGAGUACGUGUUGCAAUCGCUACUGCUUUGGAAGAACAUCACCACCUCCAUGCUGCGUCUGUGGUGGGCAGUGGAGGACGAUCUAUUGGGUGGAAGCAUGUAUCGACUCCGUGACACUGGCCAGGGUCUCAACCGCAUGCAGCAUGCACCCGAGACGUCUCGCUUGGUACACUCGAUCUUGCACCAGACGCAAAAGAUGCGUCCUCGGUGGGUAGGCUCUUCGAUGGUGCAUCUCGGCGACCACAAUGUGCCGAAUGCGCUCAUGUUUAUUGACAAGUAUACGCAGAUAUCUCGCAUCCUGAGUCCGAUCGUGAACACUGUGCAUGAGAUUCCAGUGCUGGCAAUACAGCCUAAUACGCGCGCGUACAUUGAGGACAGCUUUGGCGGCGCAGAGACGCUCCAGAAGCGUAUUUUGUGUGACUUUUUCAAGCACGGGUUUGACGGCAGUGGUGCGGACAAUUUCUUCGAUGCCGGCUCAUGCAUCGAUGGCCGCUUGACUAGCGCUUGGAAUUGGUGCUCUCGGAUCGAGAAGAAGUCGUUCUUUUACGUGUUCCUCAUGGCAGGAUUUGUCGGGUUCGAUGGACACUUUGAGAAGUAA